CCCACAAACAUACAACAGUCCUCUUCAGCGUACUGAAAGACAAAAAUCCAACUUUUGCCAUCAUGAAAGUAGUACUCGUCAUUGUAGCCACUGUGGCUGUUAUCGUCGCAGCUGAAAAACAUGGAAAUUAUCGUAACGUACCGAGUUACAAAACAUCAAGCGCAGCUUACGAUCAGCGUCAAUACGAAUCGACAACCCACGCCACUGCAUCGUACGAAGUUGCCGAAACCGAAGCAUCCUAUCAAGACGAGUCCAUCUACACGAAAACGAACGCACGGUCAUCGUACAAACCAUCUUACGUUGCAACCACAACUUCGUAUUCGAAAUCCUCUUACGAGCCGUCAAUUUCGUCUUACGUAAGUCAGCCGAAAUAUUACGAAACCACAGAGCCUGUGCGAUCCUACACUUCGAAACCCGCCUACACUGGCUCCUCUUACUCUUCUCCAUCUUACACGACGACAACAAGCGCACCUUACUCUACCAGCCAACGAUAUGCCGCUCCUUCUUAUUCGAACAAACAAGAUUCCUACGAUGACAAGCCCAUGCCUUACGCAUUCAGCUGGGGCGUUAAGGACGAAAAAAGCUAUAACGAUUACUCUCACCAGCAGGAGAGCAAUGGCAAAGUUGUGACCGGUUCUUACCGUGUUCUUCUUCCUGAUGGCCGUACUCAAAUCGUAACAUAUAAGGCUGAUGAAAAUGGCUACGUAGCCGACGUUAAAUACGAGGGACAAGUCAAACACGAUGAAUACAAACCAACACCCAAGUCCACCUAUAAAUCCAGCGAUGAUGCGUAUCAAGCAGAAGCCAAACGCGACAAAAACUACGAACCGCUGGAUCACACCAAAGCCUCAUCCGGAUACAACAAUGCCCAGUCCUCCGGAACGAACUACGUUAAGUCGUAUGACGUUCCAGCAGUUUACACGACAUCGCCGUACAAGCCGACUGAGUACUAAUCCCCCCCCCCCCCCUCGAUGAAAACUGUACAUGUAAUCAGACAGACUGGCUACCCCAUUUGAUAAGU